GACGGUUAUAUGAACUGGCAGCCAUUGUUGAUGUUUGCAUUGCUUGCUGGGGCCGGGAGAAUUCCACGAUUACAGCUCAAAUAGAAGGAGUGAGUGAGGCAGGAUGAGUCUGAUGGGUGCUUAGGCUGAGAGUCACGCCGCAGGGUCAGUGAGGGGUACGGCCGGCAGUAUGGUGACUCCUACGGCGGCGGUCAUCACAGGAGUACUCAUGUGACAGGAGCAGCAGUUGGGGGGCGGUCACAGGGGAGGGGGCUGAUGGCGAAACCAUGGGAGGGGGAGAUGGUGCCGGGGAGUGGCAGGGUGGCCGGCCUUAUGCUGCAGGGGACGGCCGCUGCUCCGGGCAUCAUGGCGUAUGGAUAACCUGGAGUCCGAAGUGGCACUUAAUAUUCUCAAUGCUGUGGUGACUAAUGACGACCAGUACUAUGGGUCUGGCUGCGGCAUCCUACCCACCCCCCGGAUGCCCCCAUGCUAACUGCCCUGGCGCGACCCUAACAUUGGCCCUGCACACUCCUGGGGUGUGGUGGGGGGCUUUUUACCAGGGCGGCCGGGGCGGGGGCGGGGUAGAGCAACAGGACUGGGGUACAAGAUGAAGAAAACGUUGCCGGCUAAGAAGAAAAUAGGAGCUAAGGAGGUUAAGACAAGUGGUGGUGGUGGUGGUGGUGCUGGUGGUGUGAAACCGAGGAUAAGACUGUAUCAUCAGUCUGAUGAUAUUUUGAAUAUCAAUUAUUUAACUUCUGCAACACCUGAGGACAAGACAGGAGCCAGCUCCUCCCAGAAUGAGCCCACACCUGCACCUGAGGACACACCCACACCUGCACCCAAGCCUUCACCCACCCCCAGCACCCACUCCAGCAUCCAGCACAGCCCAGGGGAAGGCCCAGGGCAGGCAGCCAAGGGCCGAGGCAGGGGCAGGGGUGUGGCGUGGGGGAGGAGAGUGUGAAGUGUGUGGGUUAGGUUUGUAUGUGGUACUUUGUCUGGGCUGCUCCAUAUGUGGGAGAGCUCGGUUGGUGUAGAGAUGGAUAGAUAGAUGUGUGUGUGUGUGUAUGUGUGUGUGUGUGAGGGAUUUGUACUUCAUUCAAGCAUCUUUUAUUUUUACUACUGCUACUAUCUUGUUCACUACUGGAAGAUUAGUACUAAGAUGUGAUUCUUGUUAUUUUUAAGGGUAUUAUUCCAAUGUUUUUUGUAUGAUUGCAUCUCAUUCCUGUUGUACUUGAGAGAGAGAGAGAGAGAACAGGCCCCAUUGCACAAACUAAUGAUAAAAAAAAAACUCACAACCAUUCCAAAAAGUAUAAAUAUGUUAGUUUUGUCAGUAGAUUUUGCAAGAAAGGAAAUUUGAAAUACAGGAGUGUGUGGGAGAGGCAAAGGAUAUGUAGGACGGCAGAUUAGUGUGUGAAGGAUGUGUAGGAGAGGCUGAGGAUAUCCUGUACACUGUGUCAGGAUGGUUAAGGGUGAUUUGGAAGGAAGCUAGUGUGUGAAGGAUGCAUUAGGUAGGAUGUGUAGUAGUGGGUACAAUGUGUUAAGAAUGAUAUGUAUGUUACAGGAGAUAAGGAUGUGUAUUUUCACCACAAGUAUGUGUACAGAUUGGUGUUAACACAGCAGGAAGGUUUGAUGAAGCUGGACCAUCAUUCCUUGUGUUGUCUUAAUAAAUGUAUGCAAACUGA